UUGAAUUGUAUUUUUAGAGAUUUUAAACAAAUAUUAUCAUUAAAAAUUAAGCAAUUCUCUAUUUGCAAAAUGUAAAAAAAGCAAUCAUUGAAAUUAACUUAAAUAGACAAAUAAGAGGUUCCUGUAUUGAUGAAAGAUUAGGUCAAUCAUCAAAGCGAAAGCAAGGAAGAAUAAGACUGUAUUAUUAGUAGUGAAUAAAAUUUAGAAGUUUAAGCAAAAGACUAAGUAAAAUAGAUGAAACUUCAUAAAUUUAUUUAGAAUAAAGAGUAAAUGUUUGAUAAAAUCAAAUAAUUAUGCGAUGAAUCAAUAAAUUUGGUCGACAGAAACCUUUUUUAAGAAUCUAACUACUUUCUUGAGCAAGCUGAAGAGAUAAUAGAAUUCGCAGCUAAUAGAGGAAAGCAAAUUGAUAGAAAUUUAAUUAUUACAGUUCUUUAUAACAGAGCUUGCUCUUAUUAGGGGCUUUGGAAACUUGACAAAUGCAACAAAUAUAUUGAUGGAGUUAUUUAUAAUCUUGAGACAAGUCUGAAAAAUGAUUUUUGGCCUGAAUAUGAAAAUUUUGAAAGCUAAAUAGUACUGGAGAAAGUUGCUUACAAAAUAAAACGUUAAACCUUCUUAGUUAGAUGCUAUUUAUAAUAAUGUGCUAUAUUAUCUUAGCUUGUGCUACAUGAGUAAGCAAUUUAGACUGCUAAGAAAGCAAUAUCUGUGUUAGAAGAUAUCUAUAAUUAACUACUUUCUAUUAGUUAAGAUAAAUUAAAUUAAUGUGAAUAAACUGCUACUUCUGUAAUUACUGCUUAAAAGCAAGGUGGUAUUUUUAAUGCUACCACUCAAUCUAAUAUUUCAAAAACAGACAAUAAAGUAAAUAAUUCUUAAAAAAAUUUACCAACUCCAAAAGGGAUGCAAAGCAAGAAUAAAUUUAAUUUAGCCUCAUCUAAUAAAGUAUUUGAUUUAAGCGGUGAAUAAGACAACGAUGACUAAAUAAAUCUGGGAAAUUCUAAUACUGAGGCAGAUAGUUAUUUGGGAGCAAAGAAAAGUGCUGUUAAAGAAGAAGUGCUUUUCAAUAAGAUUAUUUUACAAUAGGCUUGUAGUUUCUUGAAAACUUUUGAGUAAAAAGUUGCAUUUGAAACAAAUAUUGGCGAUGAAUGCAGCAGUUAGUUGAAGAAAGCAAGGCAAUCCAUAUAUUUUUGGAAGAAUAACCCAGACAAUAAUGAAAAAAAUAUGAGACAAGAAUUGAAUGUCCCAACUAAAAAUACUGAUGAUGAUAAUAGGAAUAUUGUAGGAGUAUAAAAAAGUUAAGAAUGGAUCGAGCAGUUUAACAUUGGAUCUAUCAUGCAUAUGACAUGCAUUUCAUAUGAUGAAUUCAUUCUUUUUGAAGACAUCUUAUUUGAGCUUUCCAAAAAACAAUUGAUUGAAAAGAUGCUGCUGCUAUCAAUAUGUUUUUUUACUAUUGCAACUGAAAUCAGAUUUAUAGAACUAGACAAACAAAAAAGUUUUACUACAAACUCAAAAACUCAGCAGUACGAUCUUUAUAAAUAAGAUGCAUAUAAGCAAAGUGAAAUAUAUCAUUUAAAAUCUAUUGAAAUAGUUUGCUAAGCUGUCACUUGCUACUCUCCUUACAUAACUCACUUAAUCAAUAGCUAUCACAAGCACUAUAAUUCUUCUUUAGAAUUAAUAGAAGAGGAAGCAUCUAUUCUAUCUUAAAUUUCUCAUAACAACGAAGCACAUGAUGAACUCUAGAUAUCAUGCAAAGACACAACAUUAUCGAAGAAUACAACUGAUAUACUUGAAUGUUCUGAACUUUAAGAGACAAUUAAUAUUAUUAAAGUAAAUAAUAAUGAAAUGCCUAACUUUUAAAAGCCCUACUUAGCUCAUAAAUAUACUAAUAAUAAAGUGUAAGAUUUAUAAAGUAAAGGAUCAUUGUCCUUUAAUAGCUUUACAAAUAAUAGUAGAUCUCCUUAAAAACAAGGGAAAAUUAGAAAGAGAUCUCCAUAAAAUAAUUAAAUAAAUAAUUUUUCUAACAAUAUUUCAUCGAAUGCUUCUGAGAGUGCUUAAUAAUCAAAAGACAGCUCUGAAAAUAUCCUAAAAAGACCCAAAUCACAUCACACAGCAGCUUCUUAAGAAAGUGAUAUCUCUCCUUUACUAAAUAAUAGCAAAUAAUCAAAGAAUCAAGCAGCUUCUACCAAAAAACAGGUUUUAGCUUUAGACCUAGAGACAAUAAACACGACUUUCGGAAAUCAAUUAAACUAGCAGAAUAAUAUUUAAAAAGUUUAAACUAACAAAGACAUUCAGAACUCUAUUAAGAAGAAUACUCAACCAAAUAAUUUAUUAGAUGAAUCAAAAAGACUACAAAGCAAAUAAAAAGAAAAUCUCUCCUAAAAUAACAUUAAUCAGUUUUCUAUAUUGAGAAAUUAUAGUUUAUCAAAUGGAUCUCCUAGAUAAUCUGCAAGCAAUCCUAUAAAAACUAUUUUCUAAGGAAAAAAUAGCUAGUAAAAUUAACAGUAGUAGCAAGGAUAAUCUUAGUAGUAGCCAUAUUUAAUUUAAAAUCAAUAACAAAUAACCAAUAAUAGCUAAUCUCAGUCUUAGUAAUUUUAAUAGCACCUAUAGCAAUAACAAUUGCAGCUUACUACUCAAUAAUAGUAACUUUUAAAGGCAAUUUCAAACAAUAAAACUAAUAGCAUAUAAUUAAGCUAAAGCUAGUAGUAAUCUCUAACAUCUUCUCAAAAGUAAAUUAGUUAUACAGUGUAAUAGCUUUAAAACAGCCAAAAUAAUGGUCUCUCAAAAACAAAUAGAAUAUUUACGGAUUUAGAUCUAAAGACUAUUAAUGAGCAUAAGUCAUUUGAAGAAAAGAAUGGCUCAUAGUCUCAUAGGUCCCUAACAACACCAUAAACUAUUUAAUAGAAUUAAAAUGCCAAAUUAAGCACUUCAUAAAUUAAUAGCUCAAACCAUAUGAGUAAUAGCAACAAUAUUAACAUAAAUGGUAGCUAAAUUAGCAACAACAACAAUAAUAAUAACAACUUAGAAAAUAAAGCAGCUACAACUACUUCCUUAUUAAAAUUGUAGGCAAGCCAAAAAAAUAUUUAAACGAGUAAUACAAGUAAUAAAUUUGUAAAAUAAUUAUCAGGCUAAAAUAAUUAAUACAAGAGCUUAAAAAAUGAUAUUAAUAUAUCUCCAAAGUAAACUCACCACUUUUUGUAAUAAUUUGAUUUCAUUAGCUCGAAAAAUAGUAAUUUGAGUUAACAAAAUUCAAAAGAAUUUGUAAUUAAUAGCUCAAAUUCUACGCGUAACACUUAAGUCCCAUUUAAUUCAAAAGGAAUCCCUAAAUUAGAUUUUAAUUUAAUUUAGAAUAACCCAUAAUUGAAAGCAGAAGAUAGCAUUCGUUUCUUUUCAGCAAGAGAGCAUUAAAAUAAAAAAAUUAACAAUUAUAUAAACAAAUGA